UUACGGUGGAAAAUUAAUACAGCGGAAAUAAACAUAACAUGAAUUUUACCCUCUUCACGCAGAUCUAGGGUUUCGUUCAUUUCACCAAUUUCAGGGUUUUGAGAUCCAGGCUGAAUUUUCCGAAUUCCUGUUUCUCGAUCCCUAAUUUUAAAUCCAUCUGGAUCAAGCAUAGGAGCGUAUGUUAUUGAGGUGUUGAUAAUUUGAUCUGGCAAAAAUGUCGGUGAAGAGCAAUGCUUCUAUUAGGGAUCGGACGCAGGAGUUUUUAGGGAUUGCGGAGAGGGCAAGGAAAUCAGUAUCGUUGCACAAUGGGCCCAGCAGCAGUGGAUCCAAGCGGGAGGACCCGCCGCGGUCGGCGCUGGCGAUGCAAUCGGAGUUCAACCGGAGGGCAUCCAAAAUUGGGCUUGGGAUUCAUCAGACGUCGCAGAAGCUAGCUAAGCUGGCAAAGCUGGCAAAGAGAACAUCAGUGUUUGAUGACCCUACCUUGGAAAUCCAGGAGCUCACUGCAGUCAUCAAGCUAGAUAUAACGACUCUUAACUCUGGUGUAGUUGAUCUCCAGUUUCUCUCCAAUUCACGCAAUGAGACUACCUCCAGUGACACCACUACUCAUUCUACUACUGUUGUUGACGAUCUAAAGAAUCGUUUGAUGAGCACCACAAAGGAGUUCAAGGAAGUUUUAACCAUGCGAACAGAGAACCUGAAGGUUCAUGACAACAGAAGACAGUUAUUUUCGUCGUCUGCUUCCAAGAGCCAUGCAAAUCCUUUUGUUCGCCAGCGUCCUUUGGCUGCAAAGGCUUCAACUAGUAACUCAGCUGCCACACCUCUUCCAUGGUCCGAUGGCACAAAAACUUCCUCCCAGUUAUUUCCCAAGACUCAGGUUGACGGGGAAUCCCAGCCUUUGCUGCAGCAGCAACAAAAUCAACAACAACAACAAAUUGUUCCCGUACAGGACAGCUACAUGCAGAGUAGAGCCGAGGCUCUUCAAAAUGUGGAGUCGACAAUUCAUGAGCUGGGCAGUAUCUUCAAUCAGUUGGCUACAUUGGUAUCUCAGCAAGGAGAGAUUGCUAUCAGGAUCGAUGAGAACAUGGAAGACACGCUGUCAAAUGUGGAGGGAGCACAAGGGGCUUUGCUCAAGUACCUCAAUAGCAUCUCAUCAAAUCGGUGGCUAAUGAUCAAGAUAUUCUUUGUGUUGAUUUUCUUCCUCAUGGUAUUCCUCUUCUUCGUGGCAUAGUCAGCUGUUGCACGGUAAGCAAAACUUGUAUUCGGCCGUAUAAUUUUCCAAAGUAUUUUGUAGUAAUAUUCUUUAUGUAUAUCGGGACGGGAAGUCGGGAACCUUACAUCUGACGAGCUUCAGUGUAUUCUUACCAUAAGUGAAGUUGUAGACAAAAACUUCAGUUUGAAGUGUAAUGGGAAAUUUAUAUUUUAAUU